GCAAGACUUUAUUCAGAAGCAAUGAUCUCUACACUACAGAAAACCCUAAAAUCAGUUUUAGCUGUCAGAAGACUCCACAUGUCUGCUGCUAAAGUACUGGAACGCCCUUUCCCUGAGCCCACAGUGACCAGCAGUUUUGGCAGAUUUAUCAGUGAGGUGAAGCCCCAGCACCUGUCCCCCAUUGUCCUGGAGCGCAGUAAGAGGAUGGUCCUGGACAGCAUCGGAGUGGGCCUCAUUGGAUCCACUACAGAGGUCUUUCAGCUGGCUCUGCAGCACUGCCAGCACAUGUACGGCCCAGAUGAAGUCAGCUCCGUGUAUGGACGCAAGAGGACCAGACUUUCCCCAACAUUAGCUGCCUUUGUAAAUGGAGUUGCUACUCAUUCCAUGGACUUUGAUGAUACAUGGCACCCCGCUACUCACCCUUCCGGAGCAGUCCUGCCUGCUGUGUUAGCGCUCAGUGACAUGAUGCCAGUCAACCACAAACCCACCGGCCUGGACCUCCUGCUGGCCUUCAACGUGGGCAUAGAGAUCCAAGGACGACUCAUGAGAUUCUCUAAUGAGGCCCACAACAUUCCCAAGAGAUUUCACCCUCCAAGUGUGGUCGGAACCAUGGGCAGUGCUGCAGCCUGUGCUCGACUGCUGUCUUUAGAUGACUCCCAGAGCAGUCAUGCUUUGGCUAUAGCUGCCUCUCUGUCUGGGGCACCCAUGGCCAAUGCUGCUACCCAGUCCAAACCUCUUCAUAUUGGCAAUGCAGCACGUUUAGGGCUAGAAGCUGCUUUGCUAGCCUCUAGGGGACUGGAAGCGAGUGCACUUGUUUUGGAUGAUACCCCAGGUGUAGCAGGAUUUAGUGCUUUUUAUGAAGAUUAUGCUCCACAGGCUUUGGAGAUGCCAACAGAAAAUAGCCAGUUUUUGUUAGAGGUGCAGGACAUGGGUUUUAAGCGCUUCCCGGCUCAUUUGGGGAUGCACUGGAUAGCAGAUGCUGCAGCAUCCAUCAGUAAGCUCUUGGUAGGGGCUGGUCUUGGUACAGUGUUACCAGGCCAAGUAAAGGAAAUCCUCAUCCGAGUGCCUAAAUCUAAAUACAUUAACAGACCAUUCCCUGAAUCAGAGCAUGAAGCACGUCACUCUUUCCAGUUCAAUGCCUGCUCUGCUCUGCUGGAUGGGGAAGUGACAGUCCAGUCUUUUACACCAGCUGCAAUCAAACGCUCCGAGCUACAUGCUCUGCUGAACUGUGUCCGAGUAGAGCACCCCCAUGACAACGUGGCCAAUUUUAACCUGAUGUACGGAGAAGUGCAGGUGACGCUGAGAGGAGGGGAUGUCAUGACAGGACGCUGUGACACUUUCUAUGGUCACUGGCGUAACCCUUUAACUAAUGAAAGUUUAAGAAAGAAGUUCAGGAGCAAUGCCACAACAGUCCUACCAUCAGAACAAGUGGAGGGGCUGAUUGAAGUGGUAGAAAAUCUGGACCAAAUGGAAGACUGUGCUGUCCUCUUGUCAAAACUGCAGUAG